GGAUAUCCGGUCACGUGACCCAGACCGGAAGUGGAAUUUUACUACAACCGGAGGCUACGGAAAACUAUCAACAUUCUGUCGGGACGACGUUCAUAACAUCUCCUCUGCUAACAUGUUCCUGGAAACGCUGAAACUGCUGGUGCUCUCCCUCUGGUACAACCUGGAGUCCUUCAUCUACUUCUUCCUGCCCCGGAGGAGGAAGGACAUCUCGGGCGAGGUGGUUCUGAUCACGGGGGCGGGCCAGGGAAUCGGGCGCCUGAUGGCCAUGGAGUUUGGCGCCAGGAGCACGGUGGUGGUCCUGUGGGACAUCAACCAGGACGGCGUGAAGGAGACGGCGCGGCUGGCCAAGCAGAGCGGCGCUGUUAGCGUCCACCACUACCUCUGCGACUGCAGCGACAAGAACGAAGUCUACCGAGUCGCCGACAAGGUGAAGCGGGAGGUGGGCGAUGUUAGCAUCCUGGUCAACAACGCCGGCAUCGUGACGGGCAAGAAGUUCAUGGAUGCUCCUGAUUCGCUGAUCGAGAAGACCAUGGAGGUCAACACCAUGGCACACUUCUGGACCUACAAGGCCUUCCUUCCCGCCAUGAUCGCUAACAACCACGGUCACCUGGUUAGCAUCGCCAGCGCCGCGGGGCUCGUAGGUUGCAACGGAUUGGCAGACUACUGCGCCAGCAAGUUUGCGGCGGUGGGUUUUGCAGAGUCCGUGGGUCUCGAGCUCCUGGCGACCGGGAAAGACGGGGUGAAGACCACCAUCGUGUGUCCCUACUUCAUCAACACUGGCAUGUUUGACGGCUGCCAGACCAAGUGGCCAAAACUUCUCCCCAUGCUGGAUCCAAGUUAUGUUGCCAAGAAGAUCAUACAGGCGGUCCUGACAGACCAGGUCUUCCUCCUGCUGCCCAAGAGCAUCUACCUGGUCGUUGCUCUCAAGAACAUCCUGCCCAUGAAGCAAGGCAUCCUGCUGGGUCACUACCUGGGGGUCUUCAACGUCAUGGACAACUUCAAGGGGAAGAACAAAAAGCAGGCGUGAUGACAAAAAAGUGGUAUAAGUGAGGAAAAAAGUGAGGCGAGCGUAUCAAAGGAGAAGAGAGUGGAAGGUAAUAGCGCCACUUUCUCCUUUCGCCCACUUCCCUGCACGACAUUUCAAAGUGCGACUCGCUCUAAACCUUGUUUACGAGGCCUAAUCGUGACCGCUAAUCACCUUCUUCUCCGUGCCUGCAAUCUCUAGUCGUCUUCUUCUUCUUCUUCUUCCUACCUCAAUUUAUUCCCAAUCCUCAUUCCACUCAUCAUAAAAUGUCUCCUCAUCGCCCGUGUGAAGUUGGAACCCCCACAUCCCAAACUUGUCCACUUUUUGUGUUAUUAUCGUGUUUUUAUCAUGUAAUUAACGUGUUAUUAUUCAUAACAAGCUCCCACCUUGUCCAGACUUGUCCCUAUUGUUUGUGAAACAAGUUUGGAGGGAAUCUGACAAGGUGGGAGCUUGUUACGUAUAAUAACACGUUAAUAACAUAAAACUGUAGAAUGGUAAUGACAUUAAAAACUAUAAAAUACAUAAAAUGUUUGCAUCACAAACAAUGGGGACAAGUUUGGAAGGAAUCUGACAAGGUGGGACCUUGUUAUGAGUAAUAACACGUUAAUUACACGUUAAUAACAUAAAACAGGAACAUAGUAAUGACAUAAAAACUGUAAUAGACAAAAAAUGUUUGUAUCACAAACAAUGGGGACAAGUUUGGAGGGAAUCUGACAAGGUGGGAGCUUGUUAUGAAUAAUACGUUAAUUACACGUUAAUAACAGAAAACUGUAGAAUGGUAAUGACAUUAAAAACUAUAAAAUACAUAAAAUGAUUGCAUCACAAACAAUGGGGACAAGUUUGGAGGGAAUCUGACAAGGUGGGACCUUGUUAUGAGUAAUAACACGUUAAUUACACGUUAAUAACAUAAAACAGGAAAAUAGUAAUGACAUGAAAACUGUAAUAGACAAAAAAUGUUUGCAUCACAAACAAUGGGGACAAGUUUGGAGGGAAUCUGACAAGGUGGGAGCCUGUUAUGAAUAAUAACAUGUUAAUAACAUAAAACUGUAAAUUGGUAACGUAAAAACUAUAAUGGUUAAGAAAAUUAAUGUGUUAUGAAUUAUAACACGUUAAUUACACAUUAAUAACCUGACAUGGUAAUAACAUAAAAACUAUAAUAGUUAAGAAAAUCUUUUAACAUGUUAAUUUUACGUUAACAUAAAAUCAAAGAAUGGUAAUAAAAUAAAAAUUAUAAGAAAAUAAUUUUGUUAAUAAUAACUUGUUAAUUACACAUGACAUAAAAUUGUAAAAUAGUAAAAAUAUAAAAACUAUAAUUAAGAAAAUACAUUUUUAUGGAUAAUAACAUGUUAAUUACACAUUAAUAACAAACACUAUAAAAUGGUAACAAGAUAAAAACUAUAAUAGUUGAGAAAACAGUUCGUUAUGAAUAAUAGCCUUUUAAUUACACAUUAAUAACAUGAAACUGUAAAAUGGUAAUAAGGUAAAAACUAUAACAGUUAAGAAAAUCUUUUAACAUGUUAAUUAUACGUUAAUAACAUAAAACCAAAGAAUGGUAAUAAAAUAAAAACUAUCAUAGAUAAGAAAAUAAUUUUGGUAAUGAAUAAUAACUCGUUAAUUACACAUUACAUAAAAUUGUAAAAUACUAAAAAUUUAAAAACUAUAAUUAAGAAAAUACAUUUUUUAUGGAUAAUAACACGUUAAUUACACAUUAAUAACAAAAACUAUAAAAUGGUAACAAGAUAAAAAACUAUAAUAGUCAAGAAAACAGUUCGUUAUGAAUAAUAGCCUUUUAAUUACACAUUAAUAACAUGAAACUGUAAAAUUGUAAUAAGGUAAAAACUAUUAUAGUUAAGCAAAUAAAUGUGGUGUGAAUAAUAACAAGGUAAAUACACAUUAAUAACGUAAAACCGGAAAAUGGUAAUAAGAUAAAAGCUAUAAUUGUUAAGAAAGUACAUUUUAUGAAUAAGAGCACUUUAAUUACACAUUAAUAACAUAUAACUGUAAAAUGGUAACAGGAUGAAAACCAUAAUGGUUAAGAAAAUAUUUCCUUAUGAAUAAUUUUAAUUAAACAAUGAUAAAACCGGAAAAUGGUAAUAGGAUUAAAACUAUAAUAAAGAAAACAAUUUGUUAUCAAUAAUAACACGUUAAUUACACAAUAAUAACGUAAAACUGGCAAAUGGUAGUAAGAUCAAAACUAAUAGUUCAGAAAAUACAAUUUGGAACAAGUUUGGGGGGAUUUAGUGAAGUGUUUAUGAACUAUGACACGUUAAUUACAUGUUAAUAACAUACUUAUAACUGUUAAAAAAUACAUUUUGCAGCACAAACGUAUGUGAGAAGUUUGGGGGGGGGGGGGGGUCAACUUCACAGGGUGUCCUUAAAAGCACUUAAAGGACCAAAGUGGAAGCCGCCGUUGCUACGAGAGUGGUUACCAUAGCAACCCGGCAAAGUGAGUCAGUUUGUGUUGUGGUUAUUGUGCUGGAAUGUACCGUGGUGAUGUCAUCACCUCUCCAGUUAGCACAUUUCACUCAGGGUGCACAAAAAAAAUGGAAAAAAUUCAUCAUUUUCUAAAAUUGAUUAAAACAUUUUUAAAUCCAUUUUAAAAUAGACAUUUUAGUCCAUUUAUGUGCAAGCAGAAGAAGUUUAUUUUGAAAAAGUGUCCUUAUAAUUCAUCUACUUUUUACAAGUAAUAGUAUUUGGUGUUAAAGAACGGUUCAAAUGUUUCAAUUUUAAUCCCACCGAAUAAAAAGCACUUAAGUACUUUAUGUAUCGUGACCACUAUUGUUGAUUAUGAUGAUGUAAUGUUCAAUAAAUACUUCAAGUUAAA